ACACAGCCUAUAAAACACAAAUUUUAUGUAAAAUCCCGCCAUGUUACAUUUUUAAAAUAAAUAACAUUUCGAAAACCACCCAACUGCAAAGCAUGCAAAAUGUCCGUCUCUGUGGAAAGUGUGCUAAUGGUGCGCUCACCUGGGCUUCCCUUAGCGGAGAAGCAUGGUACUACAGGUGCACGUGCGCACAGCCGCCGCGCGGGGGAGCUCAGACAAAGCAGCUCGAACGGCGGCUGCAGGCCGAAACACUGAAAGCAAAUACAGCACAGGCUACUCUUAGCAAGCGGACCCCCACAACAAAAACACUCGGGAACAUCCACCCACCGCCCGGGUCGGACCAUGGCGGCUGAACCGUGCUCUCAGAUUGAAGCCGAGUUGUAUUUCCUGAUUGCCAGAUUUUUGCAGUCUGGACCAUGUCAGAAAUCCGCUCAGAUGCUGCUGGAGGAGCUGCACGAAUAUGAGAUCAUCCCGAAGCGCUGGAGCUGGGAAGGGAAACAGUUUAAACGAAGCUUUGAGGACUGGGUGUUGAUAAAUCAGCACAUACCUGCAGAUUACCUGUUACGUACGUGUGAGCAGAUUGGCCCGCUUGUAGAUAAACACAUUUCUCCUAGUGUACCCGGCGUACGCAGUUUACUGGGCACAGGACGACAGUCUUUACUGCGCACAGCAAAGAGUACUUCACAUACAGUAUGGAGUGGUUCUGCAGUAGUUGCCCUGCACAGGGGGCGGCCGCCAGAACCGUCUAUCAGCUGUGCCAAACCCCCAAAUAUAGUGUCAAUCAUGGGUGCCCGACGAACAACAGGAGUGGCUCGAUUUGGCCAAGCCCUCCCAUCCUGCAUCUAUCAGCACAUGAAAAUGCAUCGGAGGAUUCUGGGUCACCUCUCAUCUGUGUACUGUGUGGCGUUUGACCGGACCGGGCAACGCAUUUUUACGGGUUCUGAUGACUGCCUUGUGAAGAUCUGGGCGACUGACGAUGGACGUCUCCUGGCCACCCUGCGAGGUCACUCGGCAGAGAUUUCCGACAUGACGGUGAACUUUGAGAACACGCUUCUCGCCUCUGCCAGCUGUGACAAGAUUGUCCGUGUGUGGUGCCUCCGUACCUGUGCACCUGUGGCAGUAUUACAAGGGCACACUGCCUCCAUAACCUCAAUACAGUUUUCUCCAUCAGCAUUAGGUUCCUCUCGGUAUCUUGCCACCACUGGUGCAGACGGCAUGGUUUGUUUCUGGCAGUGGAACUCGCUCAGUAUGAAGUUUGUUGAUAGGCCUGUGAAGUUUAUCGAACGUUCUCGUCCUGGGGUUCAAAUUUCCUGCUGUUCCUUCAGCUCUGGGGGGAUGUUUCUGGCCACUGGAGGAACAGAUCACAUGAUCAGAGUUUACUACCUCGGCACAGAGAUGCCCAUGAAGCUUUCGGACCUAGAUGCCCAUACGGACAAAGUUGUAGCUAUUCAGUUCUGCAAUAACACUGAUGGUCUCAGGUUUGUGAGUGGUAGUCGGGAUGGUACGGCUCGGAUUUGGCAUUACCAGCAGCAGGAAUGGAAAAGUAUCGUGCUGGACAUGACUACUAGAUUACCAGGGAAUGCUGUGGUAACAGGUGAUGAUAAAUCAACCAAGUUGGUUGUGACCAUGGUCGCGUGGGAUCGCUGCGACCGUUCUGUCAUCACAGCCGUUUCGAACUGCCUCCUCAAAGUCUGGAACUCAACAAACGGGCAGUUAUUACAUGUGCUGUCGGGUCAUGAUGAUGAGGUGUUUGUUUUGGAAGCCCACCCCUUUGACUCGCGAAUCUUGUUAUCGGCUGGCCAUGAUGGUAACAUCAAUAUCUGGGACCUCAGCAAAGGCCAUAAAGUCAGAAACUUCUUCAACAUGAUUGAGGGUCAGGGUCAUGGCGCUGUGUUUGACUGUAAGUUUUCAGUGGACGGGCAGCACUUUGCUUGCACAGACUCUCAUGGUCAUCUGCUCAUCUUUGGCUUUGGGUGUAGCCAACUUUAUGAAAAGAUUCCAGACCAAAUGUUCUUCCAUACGGAUUUCCGGCCGCUGAUCAGGGACUCCAAUAAUUUUGUACUAGAUGAGCAGACGCAGCAGGCUCCUCAUCUCAUGCCGCCACCAUUCCUGGUGGAUGUGGAUGGGAACCCCCACCCGCCCCGCAAUCAGCGUCUUGUGCCAGGACGAGAAAACUGCAAAGAGGAGCAGCUUGUACCACAGCUUGGCUACAUGGCUAAUGGUGAUGGGGAAGUAGUCGAGCAGGUGAUUGGCCAGCAGACCGCAGAGGAGUCUCAGGAAGAAAGCCCAUUGGAUGAUCUGAUCAGACAGCUCCAGCACCAGCAAGAUGAGCGGCUCAUCUCAGGAAGUCCAUCAGGUGCUGAAGGGGCUGGUGGUCCUCUGUCACCGCCUAAUGUGGGACUGCGGCGUAGCGGACAGGUUGAGGGCGUGAGGCAGAUGCACAAUAAUGCCCCACGCAGUCAGAUGGCCACUGAGCGAGACCUGCUGGCAUGGAGUCGUCGCGUGGUGGUUAAUGAAGUACAGUCUGGCAUUUUCAGAGUCAUGGAGGACUGCAGGCAAGCGAAAGGAGAGGUGGAGCGGUCUUUCUACAUCACUGAGAAGAAAAAAAAACCUGCGCUCACAACAGGAGGCGAGACGAUAGGUGAGAGCGUUCGCAUUUUGCGAAGGGCUCAACGGAAGCCACAGCAGCGGAGACACACGUAUCAAACCCGCUCAACCCGAGACAGGAGGCGUAGCGCAAGCACACGCACGUACACGCGUGCCGAGGACAGCACAAGAGAAUCCAACAGCGAUGCAGAGCAGCAGGAGGAAGAGGAGGAGGAGGAACAGAAUGAGAACAGUGACGUGUCGUCGGCUGAAGCACAGUGGGAGAAAGACAGCAGUUCCAGUGACUCUUCCAGCGAGUAUUCUGAUUGGACGGCAGAUGCAGGAAUUAACCUCCAGCCCCCUAAGCGACUAACCAGAAGGCAAGCCCGUCUCGCCAGGAGCAGCAGCUCGGAGGAGGAGGAGGAGGGUGCAGGGCAGAGAGAAGAUGAUGAGAGAGCGAGCAAAUCACCAGAUAAAAAGAAGAAACCUAAACAGACCAAACAGCGGUCUGUACCUGCUGGGGAGUUAGAGGAAUGGUUGCCCCCAUCUUGGAUCAUGGAGACCAUUCCAAGACGAUCACCUUUUGUACCUCAAAUGGGAGAUGAGUUGAUAUAUUUCCGUCAGGGACAUCAAGCAUACGUCCGAGCUGUGCGUCGUGCCAAAGCCUACAGCAUCAAUCCUCAGAAACAGCCCUGGAACCGCCUGGACCUCAGAGAUCAGGAGUCUGUGAAGGUAGUGGGUAUUAAAUAUGAGGUCGGGCCGCCCACUCUGUGCUGCCUCAAACUGGCUUUCCUGGACCCUACCUCAGGGAAAAUGACUAAAGAAUUCUUCAGCUUGAAGUAUCAUGACAUGCCUGAUGUCAUUGACUUUCUGGUGCUACAACAGUUUUAUAAUGAGGCCAAAGAACGAAACUGGCAAGCAGGUCACCGUUUCAGAAGCAUCAUCGAUGAUGCCUGGUGGUUCGGUUCGGUGGAGAGUCAGGAGCCAUUUCAGCCUGAAUAUCCCGACAGCCUCUACCAGUGCUACGUUGUCAGGUGGGAUAACGGAGAGAGAGAGAAGAUGAGUCCGUGGGAUAUGGAGCCCAUACCUCAGGAAGCUCCAGUCCCAGAGCACGUUGAGGACAGUGUACCGGUCACAGAGGAUGAGCUUCAAUCGCUGCUGUACACCCCGCAGGUGGGCGAGUGGGGGCUACACAUACGAGAUGACGAGUGUGAGAGAGUCAUUACCGCCAUAGAUCAGCUGCUGACAUUCGACGUGGCAAAGCCCUUCUCCUGUCCUGUCGAUUUAAGAGAAUAUCCAAUGUACUGUACUGUUGUGGCCUAUCCCACCGCCCUCAUCACCAUCAGAACAAGAUUAGUGCACCGUUUCUACAGGCGGAUCUCAGCGCUGAUGUGGGAGGUGCGUUACAUCGAGCAUAAUGCUCGAACAUUUAACGAACCACAGAGCCCCAUCGUCACGGCAGCUAAAACGGUCACUGACGUCCUGCUGCGGUUCAUCAGGGAUCAAAGCUCCACUGAUAUCUUGGAUCUGUACAAUAAGAUGAAGACCGAACUCAGCAGCGCAGGAGAGGAAGAGGAGACAGUGGAUGUGGAUUCAGACACUCCCUGCACCUCCACUGGCCAAAGGAGGUCCAAUAGUGUGCCUCAGAAACGAGGUGUGGUCUUGGAUGUAAAUGCAUGGCAGGGACAGUGCAGGGAACUUCUGAGGAGAAUGAUGGCAAGCCCAGACUCACAGGCGUUCCGCCAGCCUGUCGACCUUUUUGCGUACCCGGAUUAUCGAGACAUUAUUGAUACCCCUAUGGAUUUAGGCACUGUUUCUGAGACUUUGAUGGGUGGAAACUACGAGAAUCCGAUGGAGUUUGCCAAAGACGUGCGGCUAAUUUUCAGCAAUUCCAAGGCUUACACGCCAAACAAAAAGUCACGGAUCUACAGCAUGACCCUGAGUCUGUCUGCGUUCUUUGAGCAUCAGGUGAUUUCUAUCAUCUCAGAUUAUAAAUCUGCUGUCCAGAAUGAGCGCAGGAAUCAACAGAGACUCAGUUACAGCAAGAGAUUACAGUCACUUCCUAACAGCCCCAAAGGAAAACAAAAAUCAGGGAAGAAAACCUCCCAGACACCUGCAAAGAUCUGCUCACGGAAAACCCCACAAGAUCUGAAUGCUGAAGUCGAUGAAGACAGUCAGCCUUCAUCUUCAUCCAGCACUUUCUCCUCCUCUACCUCAUCCUCUUCAUCAGGCAGAGUUACACGCAGCCGAGUUACACCACGGAAACUCUCAGAUGCCAAUGGCCUGCUGUCAAACGGAAGUCGAAGUUCACGUAGAUGUACAGCAUUGACGGAAGAGGGCGAGAUCUCUGAAUCCGAGAGGUCUGGUACAUCAAGCACAUCUUCUUCAUCAACAUCGUCUUCCUCCACAUCGUCGUCUUCGUCAGAGAGCGAGGACAGCGAGGAUGAGGUGGCCGGCUUUGCCGACGGCGGCGAUCAUGACUACAGCAAAGCUCCUCAAACCCAACAAAAGGGCAAAGUGGCAGCUGCCUCCGUGGAUGACUCAAACCGCAAGAGAAAAGGAGAAGAGGAAACGACAACUGAACCAGCAAAACGCAUGCGGAAAACAGAGUUACGAGUGGAGGAGCCUGAAGAGGAGGAGCCUGAAGAGGAAGAGGAGGAACCUGAAGAGGAAGAGGAGGAGGAGGAAGAAGAAGAAGAAUCUGAAGAGUCUGAGAAGGAGUCUGAGGAUGAUGAGGCUGUUCAGUCAACAGGACAUACUGGAAGUCAGAGGUCAACUCAAAAGACUGCAAAGGCGGGGCGGGUCAAUACUCGUAACCAAGGACGACGGACAGUUUUGUACAAUGACGAAUCGGAAGAGGAGGGGUCAACGACAGACCCGCUGAACUUGGGAAUGUCACGCUCUGGAAGAGUCCGUCGAAUGACUGAGAAAGCAAGGGUCAGCCAUCUCAUGGGCUGGUCGCACUAAGACUUUGGCGUUUUAUGACCCAAACACAGACUCACUACAGCGAUACUGCAGGGAUUUUCUUUUUAGGCUCUUUCUUAUGUUGUUGACUUGAUGUUCAUGACUCUUCCUGGACUGUGGUGCUUUCUCUUGUUUGUGGUUUACAUGGAAACCACCAUGCCAUCAACUAAUCAAUCACCUCUGCCUUAUUCUGGUCCAGGGCAGUAAGAGUCAACUCUCCUCCUCACGUCCAGUUUAUCGUUCCUGGCCCUCUCUAUUAAUCUUGACUUCUUCCUGUAUGACAGAUUUAUUUUGAUUCCCAAUUUGGUGUGUUUGGUUUCUAGUUCUUCUGAGGAAUUUCUGUCUGUUCACUUUAUGAUGAUCAGAAAGAUGGUGCUGCUCUCCUCUUCCUCCAUCAUUCUAGCAUUCGUUUCAUUCUCUUUUGGGAAAUCAGUGUUUAGUUUCUGACUUUGCCAUGCGGGGGGACACAUGUUUACCAUAAAUUUCAGCUGACUUGACUCUACUAUUAAAUCAGGUUGUACACUUACCUCUGUUGAGUAAUAAUAAUAUUAUCCUUUUAUGUCAUGGUUGUAAGCAUUGCUGUUUUUAGAUUUUUGUGCGGGUGUUGGAUUGGUCCAAACCUCUCGGAUGCAUUAACUACUUCCAGAUUGUGCUUACUAUGCCUCAUCCAUUAGAGCACAGAUACGAGGAGGAUUAUGGGAAAUGUGUGAGAAAAUGCAUUGUUUUCUUCUGUUCAGUUAUACAAACCCACAUCAAAAUGUUUUUACAGAAAAUAUUUAUUUUUACACUGCUGUAUAGUACACUUUGAUUAAUUUUUAUCUUACACUAAGGAGAACAACAGUAAUAAUGUUUGCACAUUUAUGUCAAGUAUGUGGCAGCUGAUUUGAGGGUAAGAGAUUAGAAUCCUGGACUCUGGUUCAGAUACAAUGUAAAUUAAAACAGGUUACCCUCAAACCAUCUUAUUGUUUAUUUUCUUGCAUUUUUAUUUCCUUAUGUUGUUUCUCCGCUUCAUCGUGUAAACUGAAGAGAUUGUUUUGUACAGGGAUGAAAUAGAACCCCUCUCUGAAAAUGGUUUAACAUGGUUAUCUGAUCACUGUUGUUGUCUAUUUUCAGAAUGGUGAAUAUUUAGCAUUAUUGAUUGGAGGGAUCAGAUGUAAAACCUGGGUGAUUUGUCAGAGGGUGUUAACAGAAGUAUGUAUGUUGUGGUCUCUCAGAAACGCUUAUUACAUCCUUUUUAUUUGGUACUUUGAAUUAUUUUCGUCUUAUUUUCCUCUAUGAUAAACUAGAAAUUUACCUCAAUCCAGUCCCUAGACCACACUUGUACAACAGCAGCCAAUCACAAUGCAGAGAAAUAUUUCUAGCCAAUCAAGAUACUUCGUUAACCUUCUCAGCCUGUGUGCCCUUGCCUUUACACAGGAGUUGACCAGACUGUUUUGAGUUCAUUUUGUCUGCUCGUUUCACGUCAUUUUUUCAUCAAAGCUCAUUUUCGCUUUCCGUGGGUCUCCGUGGCAUUUUAGCAUUCCGUGGGGUGGCAGACAAAUAAAGGUUCUGUUACAAUAAUACUGGAGAUGGUCAUGAAGAAAUUACGUUAAAUGUAAUAAGCUUACGUGCGUGUCUAAUUUUUUACACGUUUUAGAUUGUGGGUUUUUUAUAUAAUAAAAUGGUAAAACUGU